AUGCCCCCAAACAAGCGCGCCCUACUUAUCGCAAGUCCCUAUGGCGAUCUUGAGGGGCCCGAGAACGACGUUGAGAUGAUGUCUGAAGUCCUCCAAAAGCGGGGAUUCCAAGUCUCUCAGUGUUGUGGUUCGGCAGCGACUCGCGAUGGCAUUCGUUCUGCUUGGCACACCCUCAUAUCCCAAAUUUCACCCGAUGAUACAGUUGUCAUCUACUAUUCAGGGCAUGGCGGAGAAGCGCUUUCGGCAAAGAGUGCAGACAAGCAAGAUUCUGGUCAGCCACGGCGCCUACAAUUCAUUGUUCCAAUAGACUAUAAAGAGAUCCCCGGAGAAUUCCAUGGGAUUUCAGAAGAGGAGCUGUCUCAAUGGCUGCUUGAUACCACAGAGAAAACGCAGAAUGUUACCAUCAUCAUGGACUGCUGUCAUUCUGGCCGCAUGGUGCGCGAUUCUCGCUAUGUCAAGAAUGCUAGACGGAGAAAUCUCCCUACAACUAUUUAUCAAGAUCUUGCUCAUCAUAUCCAGUCACUUCAGGAUAAGGGAUUGGUUCGAGAACGCACACAGCCGGGAGACAAUCCUCACGCAGUGCGAAUUGCCGCCGCGGCACCUUGGGAAAGCGCGUAUGAAUACGAAAGUGAUUCGGGGCUUCAACUCGGCGCGUUAACCGAGGCUCUUGUUCGCGUGAUCCAGGAAACAGAUGAUGACUACAUCUCUUGGAGGACCGUAAUGCUUCGUGUACAGGAAUUAGUCAAUAUGUCCUUUCCACAGCAGCAUCCGCGAGUAGAAGGACCACACACUCGCUUUCUUUUUUCUCUGGAUGGCCAAGACUCUACUUCCAUUCUCAUAAAGCAAGAGGGUGACAAUGUAGCUACAAUCAAAGCUGGCAGGAUUUCAGGAGUCCGAGAGAAGAACACCUACGCGGUUAUGCCACCUGGGUCAGAAUUUGUUAAUCCGCAAACUCAGAUCGCCACUGCUAUAGUCACAGAUGCGAGUGGGUUCGAUGCCGUCGCAACACUUACUUGGAGGAAUGGGUUGUCUCAAUUGCCUGAUGGAGGCGCACUGGCCUUUCUUGUCGAAGAGGCUCUCUACAAAUGGCCAGUCUCUCUUUCAGAAGAUAAUGCCGCGCUUCAGAAGCAGGUUGAGCAAUCUAGGCUCGUAAGAUGCAGCUACGAUGGCGAGAGGGACUCUCUACUUGAAAUUCGCCAGCAACAAGGCAAACUCACUGUGACCAACAAGUCCGGGGUUGAAAUAUUCUCGCAGCGGUUCUAUGGCAAGGAACCUACACCUUCUACGUACAAAGCAGCUGUUGAUAUUGCAGAUAGAGUGGCUCGUGCGCAACACUUUCUGGUUCAAACUUGUGACAGCCCGGAUGAACAUUUACAGCAUGACCUUGAGAUCAAACUUGGGUUAGUGGACGAUAGCCGUGAGGGAAGAAUCAUCAACCCCACUGGCGAAGAUUCCAUCACUGAGAACUCCAAUAUCUUCAUGUCUCUAAAAAAUCAUGACGACCUCAACAGUGUUUUCGUGUCUGUUUUUGAAGUGGAGGUGAAUGGCCAGAUAAAUGCAGUAACUGAAAAUCCAGAUGGAAUCGAUCUGCCCCCAGGAUGGUGUCACACAAUCGGCAGUACCAAGGCCAAGCUUGAGGGGCUGAAGGUCAAAUGGCCACUCAAUAUUUCCAAACGACAAGCUGUGGUAGAUACCUUGAUUGUGGUGAUUUCAAAUCGCCCUGUUAACUUGCAAUUUUUGAUAAGCUCGCAAAUCGCCGCGCAACGGGCCAUCACAAAACAGUCGUCUUUGGAGAGUCGCCUUCUACGACUUACACAAGACGUGGGCCGUCUUAUUGUGACUGAAAAGAGCAUAUCAAAAACCCGAUAUGAUAUCGUUCAGUUGCCUUUUCUAUUGAAGCCACUCAGUUCCUAG